AUGGCCCAAACCCCCGCAGCCCCUCCUACUCCUCUUGGAUCCGACUUGGCACCCUCAAACAUCGCUAUUUGCCCCACCUCUUCGUCUCCAUCCGAAGUCGCCGAUUCACCAAGUUGCGCCCCGGAGCCUCUCACCUCAACAGCAUCAUCUUUCCCUUCUGCGGUGUCUCUGAGCGCUAACAACCCGCAUGUUGUGCCUCCGGCUUCCGAAGGACAAUCUCGGAAGCCGUCUUCUCGACGAAUCUCCAAGUCGGUAGAAACAGCCCCUCCCCAACCACUUAGUUUGGACCCUAUUUUUGCAGGUGCUGCCGGCGGCCCACUAUGGAAACGAUCUGUCAGUGACAACCGCGAUGAGCGUCUCGACACCAAUGCCAACCAAUUUGUGCUGAUGCCAGACAACCGGACGCUGAUCGCCUGCGGCUACUGUGACAAUUCAUUCAGGAUAUUCUCUGUGGAAACUGGCACUUUUACAACAGAUUAA